AUGGCAUCUACGCUUGAUCAGUCCUUGGCUUUGUUGGCGCUGGAGAAUGGGUGCACCGAGAUCUCGUUGGAUGAGUCGAGUGCGUUUGCUGGAGUGUGGGUGUUCUCAAUCAUGACUGCCAUUAUGCUCUUCCUGGUGACCUCUUUCCCAUACUGCAUGUGCACCCAGGAGACGAGGAAGGACGCCCGCGGUGACGCAGAAUCGGCGGCAGAUCCGCAAGCAACCAAGCAAACAGGGGCCAUCGAUGCCAUUGCAGAAGCUAAACUCGAUCCGACGCCAAACCUGAAAGCAGCCAGGCUCCACAUGUGGAGGUCCAGCGCAACCGACGCCGAAAUGGGAGAACUCAAGUGGCGCUCGGUGUGGUCCACUCCUAUUCACGAGUUGACCAAGUGCGGUGGCGGGAUCGGAACUGAGCUCUACUUCCGGCUGUUGAGGAGUCUCGGUUUCUGUUUUUGUUUCAUGGCAGCGAUAACAGCACCGUUAGUUGCUUUUAACACGCAAGGUAAUUUCGCACCAGAUUCUGGCAACGACCUCGUCAAGACCACAGUUGGCAACAUCGGCACAGUGUUUGUCAACAGCACAUUGGUGCCAUCGCAGCGCUACGUGAUUGUGAAAUGUCAGGCGAUCGCAGUCUCUGCGCUUACCCAAUAUUUUGGCGCUCUAGAUGUGGUGGCCACUGGAUUGUUCUUGGCAUUCAUGUGCUAUGUACGUUUCUGGCAAAUACCCACGUGCGAGAGCGAAGACAACGAGAAGAACACAACGCCACAGGACUUCACUGUGCGUGUAGAUUACCUCCCCCGGAAAUUGAGCGAAGGUCACGCAGAUUACGAGAAGACAUUGGAAACGUUCAUACAGGAGCGCGUGCAGGAUGCUCGCAAAAAGCGUGAUGGGUCGGCACCUGUGAAGGUACAUGAGGUGACCUUGGUGCGAGAUUAUGACCAGAAGUUUUCCGCAGUCUUGAAGUACUCGAAGCUGAAAGAGCAACGCGAGAUUGCAGAAUUUAAGAAGGAUGCAAAGACUGUGGAGAAGCUUACGCCAAAAAUAGGAAAGCUCCAAGAAAAGUUGUCGGCUGAAUUGAAGGUAGAGGACCUCGCUGUCAUCCGCGCUUACGUGAUUUUGGAUACUGAGCAGGACGUGGAGGACUUGUUGAACAGCUACCGAAUGUGGAAUUUCGCCUUAUUGCGAUGCUGUCAGGGCAGAAGGAAGUUCAAAGGCAAGGGCAUCAAGAUUCAGCGUGCUGCGGAACCUACCGACAUCCUUUGGCAAAACCAGGAUUUGGAGUGGUAUUGGAGGCUCUUGCGAAAGUGCUUGAGCUUUCUUUUCGUCUUCAUUCUAAUCGCAAUCUCUUUGUCUGUCAUCUACGGCCUUGGUCAGCUUGCCAGGCAGGAGAGUAAUACCAUAAUUCCCGCGCUUGGGUUCGAAAAUUGCGACGCUCACUCGGGCGAUUUAUCAGAUGAUCCAGUCUGUAAUGCAGUAGACGCCCUCCAGUGGACUCUUGACGAGGCGAAGGCGAUGGGUGGCUCAGAUCUGGAAUGUUGGUGCGCUUCUCAGGGUGUCGCCAGCAUCUUGCAGGACAGCAGCCUUCAAGAUGCUUGCUCCGCUUGGAUAGAGGACACUGGCCGGGCCAGUGGCAUCAUUGGAAUGUCUUCCUUGUCUGUGGUAGUGAUCAACGUACUCGUUGAGAUGGUCCUGAUCGCGAUGGCCGCGUUUGAAAGCCCCUUGUCGAUGUCGUCGCUGAGGUUGUCCAUGAUGGUUAAGGUUGCUGCGGCCCAGACGCUCAACACGUCUUUGAUCGUCACGAUGCUGGAUUGGAACGCGCCGAAGUGGAUUCAGGACUUGUCUUUGAUCAUUCCAGUUGGGGGGCAGCUGCUCUUCAGGGGCAAGUUCGGCGAUACAGUUCGUGGUUGGUACUCUGUUGUCGGAGCCAGCAUACUGUUGAACAUGGUAUCCAGUUUGCCUCCCGGCAGGUCGCCACCAUCCAUUUUGAAAACAGAGUGUCUACGAUCUGUCGUGCUCGUUCAGCACCCCCUCUGCUCCCCCCCCUAA